UUCCCACCUCCCUCCCUCCCUCUAUCCUCCCUCUAUCAUUCCCUCCUCCCUCUCUCUCUCUCCAGUGGAAGCAGCUGCUGAGAUUCGCUGGGAUUUGCGAAGCUGCGGGACUCGGAUCCCGAGCCCGGGCUCGUUCCGCGGCGCUGUCCGGAGGCUCUGGCCCGGUAAUCGGGUUUGUCUGGCUAGAUAGUAGACACAAUCUCACCUGAAUCUGGUAGCCUCAGAACGAUGCCCAGGAACCGUGCGUUUUCAGAGCCAGAGUACUCAGCAGAAUGUUCAGUCAGCCUGCCCUCUGACCCUGAGCAGGGUGUGGAACGGAGCCGAGAGGUGACAGUCAGGAGUUCAGGAUGUUGCCUCUGCCUCCCCCGUUUCAUGAGACUGACCUUUGUCCCCGAUUCCCUGGAGAACCUGUACCAGACAUACUUCCGUCGUCAGCGACAUGAUACUCUCCUGGUGUUGGUGGUCUUUGCUGCACUAUUUGACUGUUAUGUCAUCAUCACAUGUGCCGUGCUGUACUCCAAUGACAAGUUGGCCUCUCUCCUGGUGGCUGGAAUCGGAUUGGCUGUCCAUCUCCUCCUCUUCAUCUUGUGUCGGUUUGGACUUGUCCCAGAUAAAAUUUCCCAGAAGGUCAUUCCAUACAGCCUCUGGGUCCUUAUUGCUGCUCAGAUCUUCUCCUUCCUGGGCCUGAACUUCUCCCAUGCUCAUGAGGCCAGUGACACAGUGGGCUGGCAAGCUUUCUUCACCUUCUCCUUCUUCAUCACCCUCCCACUGCAGCUGACACCCAUUGUCCUCAUCACCAGCACCACAUGUGGGGUUCACACGCUUGUCCUGGGGGUCACCAUCGCCCAGCAACAACAGGAACAAAUCAACAGUGCGGCCCUGGUGCAGCAGCUAUUGGCUAACAUGAGUAUCUACCUCUGUGCCAUCAUUGUGGGGAUCAUGUCUUACUACAUGGCAGAUCGCAAACAUCGCAAAGCAUUCCUGGAGACCCGACAAUCUCUGGAGAUUAAACUCAACCUGGAGGAACAGAGCCAGCAGCAGGAACGUCUCCUUCUGUCGAUCCUACCAAAGCACAUCGCAGACGAGAUGUUAAAUGACAUGAAAAAGGACAAAGAGUCAAAGGAGCUACAGCAAUUCAACACCAUGUACAUGUACCGACAUGAGAGAGUCAGCAUCCUGUUUGCUGAUAUUGUUGGAUUCACUCAGUUGUCAUCCACCUGCAGCGCACAGGAACUGGUCAAACUUCUCAAUGAACUCUUCGCUCGCUUUGAUAAACUGGCAGCGAAAUAUCAUCAGUUACGGAUCAAAAUCCUGGGUGAUUGUUACUACUGUAUCUGUGGCUUACCAGACAUUCGGGAUGAUCAUGCAGCGUGUUCGAUUCAUAUGGGCUUGGCUAUGGUCGAUGCCAUCUCGUACGUUCGAGAAAAGACAAAAACAGAGGUGAACAUGCGGGUUGGCAUUCACAGUGGCACUGUCCUCGGUGGUGUCCUGGGCCAGAAGAACUGGCAAUAUGACGUCUGGUCUACAGAUGUUACAUUGGCAAACAAGAUGGAGGCUGGUGGUAUCCCGGGGAGAGUGCACAUUUCAGAAAGCACCUGUAACUGCCUGAAUGGAGAGUUUGAGCUUGAACCAGGAGAAGGGGAGAAGAGGAAUGAGUAUUUACGGGAGAAAGGGAUCACGACAUACCUGGUGGUUGUGGCAAAAUCUGCGGCUGUCAAGAAUGGGAUCAAUGGAGUGAAGUUGUCUCUCACAUCAUCCAAUGGAAACUCACCCUUGUUGAUCAACACCACAGACUGUAAUGGCAGUCUCCAUACCAACUGCACCACACCUGAUGACCCAGAGGAGCUUGACACACGGGUGGUUAACCCUUCGUUUCCAAACCCUCGGAGACGCCUGCGAUUACGUGAUAUUUCGGAACAGGUGACUGAUGCUCAACAAAACCAACUGGAGCUGAAUCGCUUAUUGAAUGCAGCAUUGUUAGAGCGAGAGACUGUGCAGGCGUUGAAAGGGAAAUCCACAAACCGUCUCUCGAUGCGAUUCAUUGACCCUGAACUGGAGAGCCGCUUCUCAUUGGAAAGGGAGAAACAGAGUGGAGCAGCUUUUAGCUGUUCCUGUGUGGUCCUCUCCUUCACCUUCUUGGUACAGCUUCUCAUUGACCCCGGACUGCUGGUGAAUUACGUCACUUUCAUUGUGGGGGAAGUUCUGCUCUUGAUCCUCACCCUAUGUUCCAUGGCUGCCAUCUUCCCCAGGGUCUUUCCCAACAAACUAGUUUUCUUCUCAACAUGGAUUGACCGGACACGCUGGGCCAGGAACAUCUGGGCAAUGGCUGCUAUCCUCAUCCUCACUGCUGUAGAUAUUGUAGACAUGUUGAGCUGUCUGCACAGCUACCAAGCUUCAUCAAGAGGAAACCUGACCCAGGUCAACAGGAGCUGUGUGAAACAACCAAAAUACUACAGCUACAUCUCGGUGCUCGCACUUAUAGCCACCACCAUGUUGGUGCAAGUCAGCCACAUGGUGAAGGUGUUCCUGAUGUUUGUGAUCACUGGCAGCUAUGGCUUGGUUAGUGUCCUGAGCUGGAGGGAGCUCUAUGACGAGUAUGACCGACAGCGUUUCCAGGAAUUGCAGUCCCUUGUGGUGCCAUCCCGGUUUUCCAUGGUAGCCAUGAUCUUCAUCAUGAUGAUGAGCUUUUAUUAUUUCACUCGACAUGUGGAAAGGUUAGCACGGACACUGUUCCUGUGGAAACUCGAUGUCCACGAGCAGAAGGAGCGAGUUUACGAGAUGCGGCGAUGGAACGAAGCGCUUGUCACCAAUAUGUUACCGGAACAUGUUGCUCGGCACUUUCUCGGUUCCAAGAAGCGAGAUGAGGAAUUGUAUAGUCAGUCGUAUGAUGAGAUUGGGGUCAUGUUUGCAUCAAUCCCCAAUUUCUCUGACUUUUACACCGAGGAGAGUAUUAACAAUGGAGGCAUCGAGUGUCUGCGAUUCCUCAAUGAAAUUAUCUCGGAUUUUGAUGGUUUAUUGGAUGAACCUCAGUUCCGAAACAUCACCAAAAUCAAGACCAUUGGGAGCACGUAUAUGGCAGCAUCCGGCUUAAUACCAGACACCAAUCCCAGCAGCUACAACAGUACUGUCAAAAAGGAUCAAGAAAAAUCCAUGAAGGAACGCUGGCAGCACCUGGCAGACCUGGCAGACUUUGCACUGGCCAUGAAAGUCACUUUAAUGAACAUUAAUUAUCAAUCAUUUAAUAACUUCAUGCUACGCAUUGGUAUGAACAAAGGAGGUGUUCUUGCUGGAGUGAUUGGUGCAGGAAAACCGCACUAUGAUAUCUGGGGGAAUACAGUGAAUGUUGCCAGCAGGAUGGAGUCAACAGGACAGCUGGGGAAUAUCCAGGUGGUUGAGGAGACGUAUCUUGUGCUGAAAGAUUACGGAUUCCGUUUUGCACGGCGUGGUCCUGUCUAUGUCAAGGGCAAAGGUGAGCUCAUUACUUAUUUCAUGAAAGGUCGAGAGAAGCAAGGUUCCUUCAUCAACAGCUCGUCUGUCACCCUGCCUCAUCAGGUGGUGGAGAAUGCAUGAGGACUCACAUCACAUCACUCUGGCCCAGGGCUCCACUCGCUGUAACAACAAGGCUCAGAAGAGGUUCCCAGACAGGAGCAGCGUACUUGAGUGUACAAAGAAGACAAAAGCCACAAAGUACAGUUUCAGUAUGUGUGGCAAAAGUUUGAGAUGAGCGGGUAUGACUCCAACUGCUUUCUGUCACUGCUGCCGUUUUCUGGGGCAAAAUAGGGCCCAAAUCUGGAAUGAUCUCAAACCUAUCGUCUGAAUCUCAAACUUGUUUUUGAAUGUGGCUGCAGAGAAACUACAACCUGCAGUAGUAACUUAGCACAAACUCUUGACAAGCGAAAGUGACCUGUAGCCAACACAACUGAAGGAGGACAAUCAGAGACUGGGUUCAUGUGUUUACUUUUGUUGUGGUUCUGUUCGCCGAGCUGGGAAUUUGUGUUCUCACAAACUUUGUUUACUUUUGUGUUUU